UCCGCCAACCACUCGAAAAGUACAGAUCGGAUAGUCAAAGAGAUGGUAAAUAAAGGCAUUUUUUUUAACUUACUCACUAACUUUUUUAAGCCUGCGGACAUUCUGGAACCGCCGUGGUCACCCUCGCAGGAGCCACCACCACCACGUCAAUUGAAAGUCCUCGGUCUGGUGCCUCCAAGCGCCUCAACCUCUGCUCGAGGUUUUCCACUCGCCUUUCAAUCAUCCUUUGAAAUCCCAGGGUUGCAUUCGGCGGGUCGAUUAGUUCCACUUACCAACAAAGUCUACUGCCGCACUGUCACUCAGAGUGCGGUGGGCACACUGGCCGCCACGCUUCCAAUGUUGCAUCGACAGCAGUCCACCUGUCCUUUUCAAAUGCGAGAAGCUCCUUUGGAUACGGAGCUCAAUCCUCCCUUUGGUGAUGUCUCAAAUGGGGGAAAGAUCCUUUUGAGCCUGCAGGAGUCAACCGGUGGACUGCCAGUAUUCACUGACUCUCUUCACGCUCCACCUCCUUCCUCCAGAAAUUCCAUCCAAUGGAGUUGGCGAGCUUGGCUUGGACCUACAAUUAGGCGCUGGCACUUUGAAAACUUCAAAAUUCGCCUUCAGUCCGACAGGAUACGUCGAAUUUCCAAUUUCCCCGUAUUUAACAACUUAACCAACACCUGCAUCUCACGUUAUGAGCAAACAAAAAUCACGGUUACAGCUCGAAUAUUUACUACUCUUCCGGAUACCGGAGAACGAAUGUACCUCUCGGACAUUCAACCCGGGACCAUGAGUUCGGAUGACAUCUCGGCAAGGGAGUAUGACCACCUUGCUCACCGUCCCACAGAACUGGAUGUCACUCAUCUAGUUCCAUCGUGGAGUUUGCGCCUUCGUCCUUUUCCGUCGACAUCAGAGUAUGCCGCAUCACCCCUCAAAUCGCCAGCCACCAUAUUCCGAAACAAGCGUUCUGUGUAUCCGUUCCUGAUUGGUCAAAGUGAAGGUCACGUUAGGAUUGAGCUAAUUGCAGCUCAAAAGGACUCACAGCCGCUAACUUUCAAGGAUGUUUCGAUCGUAGCUUCAGAAAAGAAUGACUUUGUGCGACUAAAGGUUGAAUGUGUCAGUUGGAUGAUCACACUGUCAGGUCGCUUGGAACCGCACCCAUCCGCAGAGAUCUUACUUCGUUCUUCAACGGAGGCUUACGGAGCGGCGGUAACAGACGAUGAGACAACUUCAGCCCAUUUGCUGCCAAAUGAAAAGGAGAUGAUUGCUGAUUUUGCUUCUCGUCCUCACCCACGUGUGCUUAAUCUCAUUGUACGGGGUCAAGAUCCCACUGACGUUCAUGUCAUCACUGCACAGUUGAAUUCGGGCACCCUACAAAAUGUCUCCUCCGACACACAAAAUGUCUACUGUCCACUGGGUAAAAUAGCACUUUCAUUGGUUCUCGAAGAUGGCUCGGAAAUGGGACUUCAUUUGCUUCCCGAGGGACAGGUGCGUGUAAGCGCUAUGCUUCAAAGCACCAAAAGACUGGCUGUCUGGGAUCCGGCAAAACCCCUCCUCAUCGCGCCAGUAACAGAGGAGGGUAAAGCACUGGUUGCGGCGGGGAAAAUUGGUCAUGGUCCAAUGAUUGAUGCUAAAAGCAUUGCCUUGUGGCCUGGCCGACCGCUAUGUGCUCCUAAAUCAAGCCCAUUCCAUCCAGACACUCGCCCUCUUCUCGCCAUCUCCAUGGGACCUCAAAAUGAUCCCGGUCUACCGAAUCAGAGCUUUGAUUGGGAACAGGAGGCUAUUGAGAAAUUCCGGAGAAGUACUGGUCCUACAUCAAUUGGGUCCUUUGAGUAUGGCCGAAGUCAUUUCCUAGUGCAACGCGACUUCCAAGUAACCGAAUCUUACAAUUCCUCCUACACCCAGUCGUCGCCAUUGUUCACUGCUCAAAUGAAAUACAUUCUCUUUGGAAUUAUUAUAUUUAGCGUGAUAUUUCUAACCAUCGGUUGUCUGGCCUUAAUCAUCGUACGGCAUCGAAAAACUGUCAGACGAAGAAAAGCACGCAUUGAGGAGGAUCCUAAUGGUCCACAUGCUGGUGAUGAUGGUGGAAAGGCUACCGACGACAUCUUUCCGGUUUCACCACAGUUAUCCUCAACUACUGCUGCCACCGCAGCUACAAUGAAUCCGGGAUUGAGUUGUAGCAGUGUGUUCUCAGGUGGCAGCGGAGGACCCUGUACUCCAGCUCAAACGGCUGAACUAAUUAAUCAGUGGACUGGGAGGCAGCCACCACCAUUGGUGUCACCGCCACAAUGUAGCUCUUGCAGCAACUCUGUAGGUACUAGGAGUCUAAACUCUGAUGCAGUCCAUAACGAUUUGAGGACAGGCGGAAUGGUUGAUAUGCGGUACCAGACCUCCAAUCCAACCUUGAAGCUGGAUUCUUCACAACGAGGCGUAAUGUCACCAUCUAGCCCCAACUUCUCUACCAAAUGGAGGACACCCGAUAGCCUGGGAAGCGCUCCAAGCAGUCGAAAUACAGGUUCGCCAAGCACCAAUGAUGAGGGUUUCGCCCCUGGACCGCUUGAUCUGCAAUCGAAACGACAUAUGUACUGUAAUACAUCUUCAAGAGUGGAAAAUGGAACAUGGAGUUUAGGUGUAGGUGGAACCUUGCCACCGCUAUGCUCCUGCCAAUCUACUCACCAUUCACCCGAUCCUCUGAGAGGAAGCACUUGUAUUAACACCUGCUACCUCUCAGGGGAGUACAUGGGAACCAGUAUAGCUGCCGAUAGUGGUAGAUUUUACAGCGGGCCCUCUGGAAUACCUCCCGAUUCGAUGCCACCACGACUGACGCUUGCACACGACCCAGAAAGCAUAGGAAUUGGAAAAUAUAUGGCGAAAUUGAAUCAACUUCCCCCAUCCCUCCUGCUUCCUUCUGAAAUGCUUAAAAUGGAGACUUCUCAGACCGCGGGCACUGGAUUUAUUGGUGACACAACGGAGGAGAAGUUGUUGAUGGAUUCUGGUCGAGAAUCGCAGGACAAAACAAGUUCCAGUGGUGCAAGCUCGGGCAUGAACAAAGACUUUUCUUCAAUGUCGGGCAUUGAAAUCACCCAGGUGGACGUUUGA